GCCGAGCGGUCACGAGACACGGGGCGGUGCCGAGCAGGCUAGAGGGAAGCAGCUGUGGAGAGUGAAGCAAACGGCGGGAUCCGCGGCAGCAGUGGCAGUAGUAUGGCUGCGCUCUACGGGGGAGUAGAGGGGGGAGGCACACAAUCCAAGGUCCUUUUACUCUCGGAGGAUGGACAGAUCCUGGCAGAAGCAGAUGGACUGAGCACCAACCACUGGCUGAUCGGGAAAGACAAGUGUGUGGAGCGGAUCAAUGAAAUGGUGCACAAGGCCAAACGGAAAGCAGGGGUGGAUCCUCUGGUACCUCUACGAAGCUUGGGCCUAUCCCUGAGCGGUGGGGAUCAGGAGGAUGCGGUGAGGAUCCUGAUGGAGGAGCUGAGGGACCGAUUUCCCUACCUGAGUGAAAGCUACCUAAUCACCACUGAUGCCGCCGGCUCCAUCGCCACAGCUACGCCGGAUGGUGGGAUCGUGCUCAUCUCUGGAACAGGCUCCACCUGCAGGCUCAUCAACCCUGAUGGCUCUGAGCGUGGAUGUGGCGGCUGGGGCCAUAUGAUGGGAGACGAAGGCUCAGCUUACUGGAUUGCACACAAAGCAGUGAAAAUCGUCUUUGACUCCAUUGACAACCUAGAGGUGGCUCCUCAUGAUAUUGGCUAUGUCAAGCAGGCCAUGUUCAACUAUUUCCAGGUGCCAGAUCGUCUGGGAAUACUCACUCACCUGUAUAGAGACUUUGAUAAAUGCAGAUUUGCUGGGUUUUGCCGAAAAAUUGCAGAAGGUGCUCAGCAGGGGGACCCUCUUUCCCGUUAUAUCUUCAUGAAGGCUGGGGAAGUGCUGGGCAGACACGUUGUAGCAGUGUUGCCUGAGAUUGACCCGGUCUUGUUCCAAGGGGUGAUGGGCCUCCCCAUCCUGUGUGUGGGCUCUGUGUGGAAGAGCUGGGAGCUAUUGAAGGAAGGUUUUCUUUUGGCGCUGACCCAGGGCAGAGAGAUCCAGGCUCAGAACUUGUUCUCCAGCUUCACCCUGCUGAAGCUAAGGCACUCCUCUGCCCUGGGUGCAGCUAGCCUAGGGGCCAGGCACAUCGGACACCUCCUCCCCAUGGACUACAACGCCAAUGCCAUUGCCUUCUAUUCCUAUACCUUCUCCUAGGUGGGGCUGGCCCUCACCUCACCCAUUCUCAGCCCAGUGGACAUUGGGUGCUUGAAGAGAGGAGACUUUUUUCAUUAAAAAACAAACAGAAGAAAAUAAAUGCACUUUACUCACUUCCCAA